AUGUCCGACGAAGAACCAACCCCACUAACGACAAUCCUCUUAAACCAAUGGCGCAACCCCGGCGACAUCCUCUCCCUCCUCCUCCUAAUAGGCGGCGAAGUGGUCCAAAAAGCCAUAGCACAACUGGUAGGCCUUCGCGUCCCUCACCGUCGAAAACUCCACAAUGAAAAAGAAGACAACGAUUACUUCUUCACCCUCACACCCGUCGCCUUCUCCUUCGGAUGGGUAGCAUACGCAUUCAACUCCCUAAUGGCAGUUUUCGGAAACGGAAAUUUAAUGCCAGAGCCAGAUACGCAGAUAAUGGUAAUCAAUGCUGCAAACGGAUAUGUUCGUGAUAACUCUUCGUGGGUCCUGGGUCGUUUCCUAAGAGAUUAUGAAAUCGGGCUGGAAAAGAAAACCAAAGAUCUGUGGCCAGAUCCCGCGCCGUUGGAUUCUUCGAACAACCCGAGAAACGUCAGUUUGAGAAUUGAUAUUCUCGAAGUGGCUUCUUCGAUCGACCCUCCUGCCGUGGAUACAACAUGGUAUGUUGGUUGGGUGGUUAUAGUAAUACAACUGGGUAUAGCAGCAAUACCCUGGGGACUUUGGGGAGACUGGGUAAUCUUCCUCGUUUGUUCCGCAGGAACCCUCUUCAGCCUUCUAUCAUCUUCCCUCCCACAAUGGAUAUCCGAAAAGUGGGCUUGGAGGCGUUUAUGGAAACCAAAAACCAUAAUAUUAACCCGUGGAAACGGUAAUCGCUACGCCGUAGCCCUCGUUUGUCGUGCAGGAGACCCAGAUAUCGAAGCGUUGGCAUCAGCAAGAGCUGAAGCUCGCCCGGGUACUAGACCGCUAUUCUUGGUAUUGACGACAUUAUGGAUGCUCCUUUUGAUCACCGUCUCGGGCGUUGAAGACCACCGUUGGUUUCUUAUCGCUGUCGGCGGGAUUGGAAUGCUACAAAACAUGUGGGCCGCCUCAUGUGUCCGUCAUUCCUCAACAUUGGGUCUGCACCUAAAACCAUACCACCCACGUUCUAUAGUGGUCGGCUACCAAACCGACCGCGCUGUCGGACGACCCCCAGAUGAACCCAGAGUCUCUAUGACUGGAGAAGAAGAACUUCCACCCCAAAAGCCCAACAACGAAGUCUCAGACGUCAUGGGCGCUUUAAUAGAAGCCGAGAAGGUUAUUCCAGGCUUAGGUGCUUGUUUGGUUCCCAUAUUCUUUCCUGGGAAUUUAACAUACGACGAAGCGCCGUUGUAUUAUAACCGUGAAAAGAACUUUUGGGAAUUGGCGCAUCUGACGAUGAAGGGUAGGCGGAAGGAGCAUGCGAAGUUCAUCGCUGGUGGGCCGAGUGGUCAUGGAAAGGAGAGGGAGGGGGAUAAGGCUGUGUAA